AUGAACUGUUAUCAAUAUAAAAUAGUGUGUCAAGUGAAAUAUGAAGUUUUGGCAAUAGUAAAUACAUUCCAAUUACUGAAAAUUCAAAGUGUUCACAGUGGUUUGCCAAUUCCCGUGGUUUCGGAUGAUCAGCUGAAGAAACUUCAACAACUCCAAGAUUUGCUAAUUUUCAAUAAUAUUCAUGCGGAAAACUUUGAUCUGGGUGAUUUCACGACGGAAUGCCUCAUAAAUGCUGAAAUACAACUGGAACUAUAUCUUAAUUCUUGUAUUGCUGUGGGAUACUUCUAUCAGUGUCAAUAAAAAUGAAUUUAAAAAAAAUUAUUCAAAAUUUCUUUCAAAGCGGUGGGUUGGAAUGGCAACUGCAAAUGUACCUUCGAAUACAGAAUCUGGAAAGUCGGUGUUUUUGUUUGAGUGAAUGAUAAGCUUGAAUAAAGGGAUUUGAUCAAA